UAGGUAUGCUUAUUGUGAAAUUUUAUCGUUUGUUUCUUUAUCAAAUUGAGGGAAAUGGAGAUUACCUUAAAAGGUGGAUACGCGCUGAUUUAUCAAAAUGGUCUGCGACAGCAAAGAAACAACUCAAAAAAAACGUUUUUAUUUGGAGGAGCAGAGGAGAAUGCAUCUGCAUCAUGACUAGCCAGGCUAAGAAAUGCGUAGAUUAAGGGACCACUUUUGUAUUUUUGAGUGCAUAUAAAAGGAACAGAUAAUUUAGUAAGACUUCAAAUAAUGGCUUCAAUUAUGACAAACUUUCCGAUUUUGACCAAAGAAAAACAAAAUUGUAUUCGCAUUUCAAAAAUAUGUUCAGAUGUCUUCAAACAACCGCUUGCAGACAUCUUAGCAAGUGAAAUUCAACCAGUUGACCUGUAUAAUAAGAUACAGCAUUCGUGUAUAUUAUCAAUUGGGAAAGAAGGACUAAGUUCAACGCAGAUGACAAUUUGUUUCCUUUCACCACCUGCAAUACCAGACUACAGCAAUUUUGAUGUAACUUUGUUAUACACAUUGAUACGGAAUUUGUGUCCAUCAUUGGAACCAACAAAAGGAUGGGGAAAAGACCCAGUGGAUACAGACACGGAGAUUGGUGAUGACAUCGAGCGUGUUAGAUUCUUUAGAGGCAAAAUAGUACAUAGUGUAUCAUCAAACAUUUCUGACAAUGAUUUUGAGAUGAUUUUGGAGGAGCUUAAAUCCAUACUCCAAAGAAUUCAAAAUCAUAUGAUUUCCAAAGGAUACAAUGUCAACUAUGAAGAAAAGAUGACCAAUAUUAAACAGCUUGAUCUUGGAGAUGAGCCCUUAUAUAACUAUAUGAUUGACGAGUUUUUGGAAUACCAUCUAGAUAGUUUAAAGCAACCAGAUGACAAAGAGCGACCAAUGAUAUCAAUAACAGGUCCAAGAUAUCUUCUUUGUGGAAUUACUGCAGAGUUUAUUGCAGUAACAAAUCCAGAGAAUCUUGAAGGCUGGUCAGUCGAGUGGCGAAAACACCUGAAAUGCACACAAACGCGCAUUAACUCGAACACAGAGAAGUAUCACGGAAGUACCGAAAAAAAUCUCGUCAUACAGGCUGUAUGCAAGGAAGAUGAAGGGGGAUACCAAGCCAUUCUCUCAAAGGUUUCGAAAGGAAACACAGAACUUUAUGUAUCAAGCAAUGUCAUUUUUCUACAGGCCAUCGGAUAGCUACCUAUAUUUGAUGUUUGGAACGUUACGACAAAAAUGAAAGAAAUAAGAAUCAAUUACGCUAUCCAAAACAGGCUGCCUGAAGUAAAUGAAAUAAAGUGGUGUAAGGAUGGAGUGCCCAUUUUAAACAGAAACAGGAAAUAUAACGGAGGAAAACUAAACGAUAAUUAUUUCACGAUUACUUCACCAACUAUCGAAGACAGGGGGAAUUACUCUUGUGUUGUGAAAAAUGCUGUCGGGAGUGUUCAAAAGGAUAUUCGAUUUGAUGUUCCUAAUGCUGACAUUUCAACCGAACAGCAAAUUUAUGUUGGAUCCGAGACAAUGUUAUUGCCAAGAAUUGUAUCCUGUCCCUCGCCCGAUGGUGUACAAUGGCAGCAAAGUAACGAUGGAACAACGUUUAAUUCCAUUGACAUCAGCCAACCAAAAUAUUCUGGAAGUAGCUGCAAUCCAAAUUCACCGUUACUAAUGAUACCAAAAGUUACGCUUGAGGACAAACUUUAUUAUCGUCUACUUGUGUGGAAUAAAAUUGGGGAGCAAUAUAGUAACACAAUCUUCCUAAAUGUGAAAUAUAGUCCUCCGAAUAUCACGAUCAGUCAUGGGACAAGUGUUUCGAACAGAUCAGUAACACUGAUCGGCAACGUUUUUCUGUAUGGAAGUCUCCCUGUUGUUAAAAAUGUGUUUUGGACAAAAAAUGAAGAAGUGUUAGACACUAAAGGAAGUGGAGGCAGAUAUAGUGAAGUCACAGUUGAUAAUCCAUCACUGACCAUCUUUGAAAUAAAUGAAUAUGAUGCUGGGUCUUACCAACUUACUGCCACCAACGACGCAGGGUCGACUACAAGUGAUUUCCUAAUUCUAGAUGUUCCUGAUGUUUCCUUUGCAAGACCUGAAAAGAAAAACAAUGGUAGCUUUUGGGUCCCAGUGACGGUACAAGCUAUUCCAGCACCAAAUUUUGUUCGAUGGAGCAUUAAAGAAAACACAUGCGAUGCCUUUGUACCGAUAGAUGAAAACCUUGAAGAAUUCAAAGGAACAUCAAACACCCUUCCUCAUCCAGUGUUGGUAGUCCAACCAAGCAAUGAUCUAAAAAACUACUGCUUUCAGAUAGAAGUACACAAUUUCAUUGGCAGUUGUAAAAAAAUACUAUUGGGACACGAGAUUAAUGAGACGGUAGCUUCAGACAUAUUUAAUGAUGGAACUCAAAAGGAAAAAGAUGCAUAUAACAAACCUAUUUAUUCUUUGAAUCUGAAGAGAUUGUUUGGUUCUAUCGAUAGUGAUCUUCAAGUCAAACCCUCCACAACUUCUUUUGCACAUGACAUACUUAACGUAGUCGAAGUUGAUAAAAUCAGAAGUGAAGUAAAUUCCCUUUCAAAUGAAAUUGUUCUGAAUACGAUAUCAAAUGCGACUUUAGAUGACAACAAACAAGGGAACGUGUACGUCGCUGAAGUCACGGUAGUUUGCGAAAAGAACAGACUUGUUGUCAAGAAAAAGGAUAAAAAUCAAUGGAUGGAUUUCCUACGACUAAACAAGGACAAUAUCAUACGAUUGAUUUUGAUUAACAGCAGAUUUCUACGAGUGAUAGAAGCAAAACAUAGCGUUUAUAGAGAAUUUCAAAGUGAUAUUGCCUCUGGAAAAAUUUAUCUUCAGCAUGUGAUAGAAGAUUAUGAUGAAAUUGCAAAAGUUAGUGCAUGGAAAAAACUAUCAUGGUUUACAGAUAUGGUUGAGUUGAUUAUUGAUCGAUUUCCAUUUGAAGAGCUUUCAGAAAUCCUAUCCGAGGCAGCGGACCUGGUUUUCAAUAAGAAAAACAUAACACGUUUGUGUCUGAGCGUUCACAUCAAUGAUGAUAAAAAACAAGCCAGGUCAACAGAUGAUACAAAGCAAUUCAGGACUAUAUUAGUAAAAAACACCAUGCAAAAAAUAGGAGAGGCAUUAGGAUAUGAGAUGUUUUCUAAUAUUUUGCAAUCAUGUAUCACAAAGGAAGAGGAACGAUUCAGACUGCAUUUUGACGUCAGGAUAUCUGAUUUACUACCCAAGUCGCUAAUAUCUACUGUUGUUUCAACAUUUAACUUAAUGUUUUCUUCGUGGGCUAGUUUUCCUGCCACAGAAGAUAUGCUAUGUGAUGUAAAUUCUGAAGAAUGCCGAAGAGAAAUUGCAAGAGAAAUUUAUGAACUGGUCUGCGAAAGCAAGGAAAUACUAUUGCUAAGACUUUUGGAACAGAUCAAACCGAUGAGCGAAACUACCUUAAUGGAAUUUCAUUCUUUAUCAAAAAGUCUUCGAAAAAUUGAAAAUGAACUUCAAAUUACUGACUUAAAUGAAGUGGUCAAGACAUGGGAACAGAGGGAAUUGAUACUAAGCAGAAAUGGACCUGAUAAGCAUCCUUCCGUUUUAAAAGUCAUUGCUGGUUGUAAGGAUAAUAAACCAACCGUAAAGGUUUUUCUUAAUCAUAACGACGAAGACGCCAUGAAAAUAUUCAAUGAUUCAGAUCAAAUACCAAAGGGGACACAUUUUGAGUUUGUUAAUGUGGCCGACUUAUCUGCAGAAAUAUUUAGAGGUAAAGAAAAGAGUGAUCAUACCAGUGUCAACAAAUCUGUGCGAGAAUGUUUAGGACAGAUUAUAAAAAAUCAAGGAGAGAAUAUGUAUGCAAUUUAUUCAACAAUUGUUGGACUUGGAAUAGGUACCAUGGAUUCCAAUGGCAGUAUUCAACCAUGCAUUAUCAUUUACUGCUUAGAUAAGCAUUUAGUGCCUUAUGGCGAAAAAGAACUCCCAAAGUCAAUUGAAGGAUGGAACUGUGAUAUGAGAGAAGAUUAUGUGAUAUUCGGAAGUUGUUUUGAUUGUCGAAUAAUUACUAAUCCAAACCCUGGUUGUUGUAUUGGCUUACAUGAGCCUCCAAAUGGAAGUGGUUCUGUUGGAUUUUUGGUCAAGGAAAAUGAUUCUACACCAGAAAGAGCAGGGUUUCUUACAGCCGCCCAUGUUGCAGCUGACAAUUGGCGUGAUUUAUAUUAUUCAAAUUCUUUACUAUCAACUUUAGAUGGAUUUCCUUUUGAAUAUAGGAUAGUUCAUCCAUUACCACCAACACAAAAUGUCUCAAGAGUCAUUGGAAGGGUAAAGGAGUUAUUUUGUGGAAAUUGGGGGCCUGAAGGUACUGGCAUCGAUGCUGCAUUUGUUGAGAACGACGAACCAAGAAGAGGAGACAUUAAAAAAUUGCAGAUUGCAGACGGAAGGAACCUACGAUUUGAUAGAAGUAUCAAAGUUUUUAAAAGAGGAGGCACAACGGGUGAAACGGAGGGCUAUUUAUCUGAUAAUUCUUUAUCUGUUUGUUUAGAUUUUACAAAUGGAUUUUAUUUUUUUGAUCGAUGUUAUGCUGUAGAAAGUAUCAAUAGCCCCUUUUUUGAACCUGGAGAUUCUGGAUCUGGGGUCUUCUUGAUAGAAAACGGAGUACCGACUAAACCUCUUGGAAUAGCUUUUGCCUUCCAAAAGAGAUCCCAAACAACAGCUGUCUGCAGAAUUGACAAAAUUAUUGAUGCCUUUAACUUAUCUGUAUAUCAAUAUGAAGAAGAGUCAAUGGAAACAUGAAAACUCCGAGGAAAUUAUAUAGAAUACUCUAUAAUCACUAGGUUUUGCGUUGGGUCUAUUUUCGUAGAAUAAGUGGGUACCUCUCCUCCACAAAUUAACAUCUCUACGAAUUAAUAUAUUAGGAUUUAAAAGUCUUAUUUCCUUAUGUUGGUAUAAGAGAAUACACGAAAUUACGUCCCCACGAACCUGUGAAAUUUAAGCGAUCUUCGAAAAUUGCCCACAGGAAUUUAAAUGAUUCCGCAGUACAUGUACUAUAUUUCUUAAUAUUUUGAUAACUUUCAUAUUUCAUAUACACAUUUUUCAUUACUAUAACGAACUGGAAAAAGUCCGAUUCUAUGAUAAAAAGAAGAAAGAACCGAAGUGGAAACAAAUUAUAAAUAAAUAUAACAUUUAUUUUUUUUUUCAAAAUAUAACAUUAUAUUAUUAUAUGCUCAAUAAUAUAUCGAAUGUUAGGUCGUAAAUACAUUAUUAUAUGUUUGUGCAACCGUAUGGUGGACAGUACAAAAUCAGUUAUAUAUAAACGAUUUUAGCAGCUCUGUGUUUCUGCUAAACUAGCAAACAAGACUUACAAUAAAACGCAAUGUCUAAGCAUCGCAUUGAAACACAUAUAUAUAUAUUCAUCUCUGACUUCUGUUUCUUCUUUGUACUUUUCAAAAUAUAAAUACAUAUUAUGCAGCGAAUAAACUAUACUCUCUCUCUAGAUAUGCUACAUCAAUUUGACAAAAUUAUUUAAAUGCAAUAAGAAAUGUACUACGUUUUGAAGGUAGAAAAAAAUGACAUCAGCUGCGAAUUGCUGUAUCAUGCUCAUUGUUCUGAUGUGUACGGCAUAGAUAGUUAAAUGAAAUAGAUUAAUUUUAUUGACAUGUUUUUUAUUUAUUUUUUUGCUAGUUUUAAUCAUAUUUUAUUUAGUUUUUUUAUGAUUUGGAAUUGUCUUUGUGUGUGUGUGUGUUGUCGUUUUUUUCAGGGUUUUUUUUGUAAAGUAAUGUUUUAUGUUUUAUUUUCAUAACAUCGUCUUUGUGCUAAGUAACGAUAUAUGUAGCUCUUAUAUAGUACCCUAAUAUCAUUAACUGUGGGAUAAAUAGGUUUUGUGAUAAGUAAACUGUACAAAGAUUUUUUUAAAAGGAUGUAAGUAACUUCGAACAGAUUCACGCAAUCGAAAUUCUCUAAAGAAGAAAAGAAAUCCAAAUGCAUACAUUUCAUCGACCAGAUAAGACAUAAAAAUUAUCAUAAAUAUUCGAAUUAUCAACAGCAGUACAAGAGAAGUGUGAAAAGAUAUUAAAAAUGCAACAUGCAAAAUGUAACAGAAACUCUAUGGUAAAAGAUGUCGUCAAUGAAUGAUAGGGGUAUCGUAUUAAUUGUUAUAAAAAAAGUUUGACAUGUCUAUAACAAGUGCUGCAAUCCAUUCAACAAAUUGCUUUUGUGUUGUUGGUUUUUUUUUUUUAUAAUUUUUAGCAAAAUGUAUCUUCCGUGUGGCUUCUUUACCAAAACAAAUUAUAAAUCCAUUGACAUGUUCUUCUUUUUGAAUGGUAUUUGAUGAGGAUGAUGUAUUACAAUGUUUACAUUCGUUUUGUCAAUUUGAUACAUUCACAGUAAAACGUAUGUUUACGCUUUUCCCACAAUUAUUGGCAUUAUUAUAUUAUAAAAUAGGUUUUUAAAUUGCUAGAGACCAUUUGAACCGGAAUCAAGAAAACAAUAUAUACACCGAAAAAUCCAAUUUCAAUAUACCUGAACUGUCUUUUUAUAUUUUUUAUUCUUCUCUAAAGGUAUAGUAAAAGUAAUAGUCUCGAAUAAUCAGUGAAAUUGAAUAAGAGUAGGUAUAAACUUGCAUUAAAAAUUUGCGUCAAUACAUUUUUCGAAUGUCAAUUCAAGGUACGGUUUCAGUCAUAUUCUCCUUGUUUUAAAGUGAUUUUUUAAAAUAUCACAAGAAAUUGAAAUGUAACAAUUAUUUACACAAGAAUAUCCAUGAAUUAACAAUCUAUAAAUAGUUACCUGGUUAUACUUUCACAAGUAUAAUAAGUAUAAUAGCGAGCGCAGCUCGCCGGCGCGCAGCGCCAGCGCGAAGCGAGCUCUACCGGCAAGGCGUGUGUGAAUAGAAAAUUCGGACUAGUUGCACAUUCAUUCAACGGAUUUUUUUGGCGUCAGUAAAUCGGACCAGUAAUGCCUUGUUUUAAUCGUCCCAGUAAUUCCCUGUAAAUAUGGUUUCCCAUUUCACACUCUCACGAGAACAAGAUAAAAGACUAUGUACAUCAUGCAUUGUAAAUAAAAUAAUUCCAUUAGGCCUACAUAAGACUAACAGAGUUGUCGUUCCUUCGAGUGACGUCACAAUCGAUUUCUUGCACAUUGAUCCCACAGAAUUUUUCGGAGUCAGUAAAUUUCGACCCACAAUGCAAUUUAUCAAUGUCGGACGAUCUCACUAGACUUGAUUCCUUCUCGCGAGAAUCAAAGUUAAACUUUUGAGAAACAGAUAAAUUGUGUAAUUUCAUGAAUAUCAUGCUUUUUGAGUAAACAAAACAGUAUAUUUCACUUAGUUUUUUUUCAGGGUUUUUUUCAAAGAGACAGGCGACACUUGACCGACGUCAACUUUGACGUCACAAUAAGGGAAAAUUAUUCUAAGUAGUUAUUGUAAAUCUGCUGGAAUAUAAAUACCAAAAUCUUCUCAAAAUCUUGCAAAGCUAAAGAAUGGGGAUAUCUUUUUUUUUUUAAUUAAAUAGGAAACAUGCAGUUGUAACUUGCUUUCAUUUGGAUGAAUGCUCACAUUUAUUUUAUUCACUAUAUAUUUACAGUAAUUAAUUUCCGUUUUUUAAAAAGGGGCGCGGCAGCGUCAUUUAAAAUAUAAUUACAAGUAAAAUGAAAAAUAAAUUCUCAAAAUCAGGGAAAUUCUAAUCCGGGUGAGGAAUGGUGAGUGCAUAGUAUGCAUUUAGCUCUUUAACUGAUCAAUGGUAUCUUUAUUUUCACAUUUAUUACAUCCUCCCGGGGGGGGGGGGGGGGUCCAAACAGGGGCGUAGCUUGAGUCAAUAUUCUAGUGAGGCAACUUUAUUGCGGCAGGGGGUCUGGGGGCCGCCUGAGGCCCCAAGCGGGUCCCCCAGGGCUCUCCUCUGGUGGGAGAUUCAGGGGGCGAAACCCACCUACGAAAAGUGAAUUUAGGAGUUUUAAAAUGUAAAAAAACAAACAAACCAUUGUCCGCAACGAAGUUUUAUUAUUUUACAUUUCAGACCAGAAUCUAUUGACAGUAUUGUCGUAUACAAAUUUUUGAAUUAUAAGCAAUUCAAAAAUUGAGAACACGAUUGUCGUAUACUCAAUUUUUGAAUUCUUUAUAAUUCAAAAAUGUGAAUACGACAGUAUUUGAUAAAAUAAAACUUCUAACAUAUUUAAGAUGAAUAAACAUUUUUAUUAAAAAAAAAAAUUAAUCGUUCUUUUACUUCAAAAUUUUAAUGGGCCGAUUCGGCGUUUUUUGGAGUUUGCAAAUUUUGUGAGAAUAUAUUGUCAACUGAGACCAUUUGGUGCCUGUGAAUAAAAAGUAAGGCAAGGCCAACCAGACGGUCCUCGGUCAUUGUUUCAUUGACCUUCCACAAUGUUUCAAGCGUCUCAUUGCGGAGAAAGAUCUCUCGCAAGGGACUGAACUAACUGGCAUGGUGAGUAAAUUGCGGAAUAUGACAUCCAAAUUGGGAUUUGUUUAAUUUUUAAAUUUACAAAAGAAAGAAUUUCUUCUAUGUGGGAGGGAAUGUCCCAUUGAUGGUCAAAUAAAUUCUAGUGAGGCAGUUGCCUCAUUGCCACAGUGGAAGCUACGCCCCUGCGGUCCA